CGGACAUACGGGGAAAUUGGGCUUUUAGUUGGAGGCUCUUAUUUUCGGGGUAUAAAUAAGCGCGCGAUUGAUAUUGCCAGUCAGUUCACUGCUCAGAUUUUACUCUCACACAAUCAACAUGCACAAGUCUCUGCUGUUUACGUUGCUGUUUGCUGUCGCAUCGAUGAUCGUUGCAGUGGAUGCUGCACCGCAGAGUUCAGGCAGUUUGCUUUCCGAUCGCUAUGUCAGAUAUCUGUCUGAAGCUGCUUACGAUUAUUCUCCAGAAUACUACGGUUACACCCGGACUGCGGAUGGAAAAACUGUUGUUUACCACGGAUCAGCUGAAUCUUUCGAAUGGGACGAUUUGUUCGAAAGAAGAAGACUCGUCGCAACAAAAGAUUUGACACUAAGGGAUAUCCUUACCCGCAUUUCCGCCCGACCCGCUACAGUUUACUAAAAGCUGUUCCAGACUUUGUGCCGUUACCAGCAAAAAAUUGUUACGAAACAAGUUUCGGACAAUCUAAACUUGCCAUGUUUUUAAAUCUCUUCUUCUCACUGUUAAUCUGCAAAUCAAAACCUAUCAGCGGUUGAAUUGUUUUUUUCCAUAAACGUCGUUGUUACUCACUCGAAAUAAAUAUCAACAAACAUCCAA